AUGGCAGGAGUGGGCGACGCAGCGUUCUCGCGGCCGGGCCACCCAUCUUCGGCCUCGUUCUCCUUUUCCUCCUCGUCUCCAUCUGCACCUCCGGCAACUACUCCCUCCGCUGCUCCCAGCCGCUACUUCUCUGAGUUGAAGACUGGCGAGGUACAAGAGCUGUUGGCAGGGCUGCGCGAGGCGUCGGUGGAGCGUGACAUGAACAAGCAGCGCGAGGUGGUGAAGCGCGUUAUUGCCUUCAUGACCGUCGGCAUUGACCUCUCCCGUCUCUUCCCUGAGAUGGUCAUGUCGUGCAACACGAGGGAUGUGGUGCAGAAGAAGCUGGUCUACCUGUACCUGACCACCUACGCCGAGUCGCAUCCGGACCUGUCGCUGCUGGCGGUGAACACCCUGCAGAAGGACGUCACCGACACCAACCCCAUGAUCCGCGGCCUUGCCCUCCGCCACCUCUGCUCCCUCCGACUGCCCGACUUCCUCGAGUACAUGAUCCCGCCCGUCGACAACGGCUUGCGAGACCCGGCGCCGUAUGUGCGGAAGACGGCAGCGCUGGCGGUUGCGAAGCUGCACCGGCUCUCGCCUCAGGUCCUCAAACGACAGAACACGUGGGUGGGCCAGCUCUACGAUCUCGUGGCCGACCGAGACCCGGCGGUGGCGCACAACGCGCUCGCCGCCCUCCAGGAGGUGCUGCUGAGCGCCGGUGGUCCGUCGGUGACCCGCACGCUGGCGAUGCACCUCUUUUCGCGCGUGUCCGAGUUCAAUCCGUGGGCCAUGUGCCUGGUCCUCCAAAUCGCGCUGCGGCAUUCGCCCACCGAGGACGAUUUGUACGAUAUCUUGAACGUGCUCGAGGACCGACUGAAGCUCAACAACCCGACCGUCAUCUUCGCCGUCCUGCAGGCCUUCCUCCACCUCACCGACGGUUUGCCCAUUCGCGAGCAGGUCUAUGGUCGGCUGGUGGGUCCGCUGAUCACGGUCCUGUCGAGCGCCGGCCCCGAAGAGGCCUGGACCUGCCUUCACCACGCGCGGCUCCUUGCCACGGUCGCGCCGCAACACUUCUCGGCCCACUACAAACAUUUCUUUUGUCGGUACAACGACACAUCGGCGGUGAAGGUGCUCAAGGUGGACAUCCUCACGGACAUCGCAUCGGAGGCCAAUGCGCAGCAGAUCGUCGAAGAGCUCAGCGAGUACAUCCGCGAGGGCGACCACGAACUCGGCAAGCGCGCCGUUGCAGCCAUCGGCCGCAUCGCUGCCGGUGUUCCUCAGGCUGAGUCAUCGGCGGUGUUUGUGGCGCAGGACCUGCUCGGCGCGGCGGCGCACGGCGGGGCCUGGGCCGGCCUCGGCCUUUCGCUCGCGCUGGCGCUGCUUCGUCGCUCGCCAGCCUACGCCGACACGCUCCUCCCGCCCAUCCUCUCCGCCACCAACUCGGCUCGCCUGGAGGACACGGAGGCGCGUGGCGCGUAUGUGUGGGUGCUGGGCGAGUACGGCGAUCGGAUCGGCGAGGCCCCGUACCUGCUGGAGGAGCUGGUGCCGACCUAUGCCGAGCUGCCAGCCGCGCUCAAGCUGCAGCUGCUGUCGGCGGCGAUGAAGCUGCUGUUCAAGCGGGCGCCCGAGAUGCAGCCCGUCAUGGGCCAACUCCUCCACGCCGCCCUCGACGACUCGUCCAACGUGGACGUACGCGACCGCGCCCUCCUCUACUAUCGCCUCCUUCGCCAGCACCUCUCUCAGGCGCGACAAAUCUUCCUCGUGGAGAAGGACCCCAUCGGCGCCUUCACCGAAGAGACCCACACGGAGCUCUACGAGGAGCUGUUGGCCGAGUUCAAUUCGUUGGCGGUGGUCUACGGCCUUCCCUCCCAUCGCUUCCCACGGCCGCCCACCCUCGACAUACGACCAACGGCCGGUUCGGCGGGUGCACCGGCGGUGAGCUCUACGGUGUCGGUCGAGCAGGACGAGAAGCCCGCCGCCCCCUUCACCACCGCGGCCAAGGCCCAGAGCCUGCUCGGCGAGGAGGGUCCGUUGGUGCUGCGACCGCGCGCCACCAUGGACUCGCGCACGUUUCAGGAGAAGUGGGCCGCCCUCCCCGUGGCCCACACCUGGGAGGCCCCGAUCAGUGCCAGCGCGGAUUGGAGCAGCGUGGAGGCGCGUAUGAGCGCGGAGCAGGUCAUGUGCAUGGCCUCGGGCUCCGUCGGCGGUGUGCACAAGUACUACUUCUUCGCCCAGGAGGAUCGGUCAUCGGCCUACUUUGUCGUGGAGGUGGUGGGCGAGACGGCCAAGGGCCGCCUCACGGCCCGAUUCAAGACGGAGACGGAGCGGGCGCUGCCACACUUCACCCGCCACUUCAAGCUCGCCCUCUCGCGUGCCCUCGCCCUCAACUGA